AUGUCCACCACCGGCAACAGCCAACUCUGCAGCAGCUGCUUCAGAGCUAUCACUCCCUGCGGCAGCCCCAGCCCCGACUUCUGCGCCAACUACGGCCAACAGGACGCCCGGGUGGUGCACCAGCGAGUCUGCGCCCUCCUCUCCGUCGAGCACAACUCACUCUCACCCGCCCACGCACCGCCGCCGCCCUGGCACCUCUCCCUCUCCGUCCUCUCCCUCGCCAGCGACCCGCCGCCGCCUGAUCCGUCCUCAUCCACAUCCGCCGCCGCCCCCACCGCCCUCUCAGUCCAAAUGCACGAACCCUUCCACCGCCUCUCCGCCCGCGACUGGCUCUACGACCGGCCCGAGCACGACGUCUUCCGCCUGCUCAUCGACGUGUACCGCGUGCGCAUGGCGGACCAAUUAGAAACCAGCAUAGACGGCACCGGCGUCGACGCCGACUGCGUCUGGAACGUCGGCACGAGUAGCAGCAUCGGCGGCUUCACCCGCUUCCUGUACCGCAUCUACAACACCGCGCCGGACCUGAUGCCGACUUGGUGGAACCUCAACGCGCACGUGCAGUGCAGGGAGUACGGGAUGCCGACGACGGCAAUGCCUAUUCGCGAAGGCGAAGGCGAGUGCGCAACCGUCGCCGCCCCCUGGCAGGAUCUGAGGAGGAUGGUGGGGCGCCAGGAUGUCGUGAGGUUUUAUCGCGAUACGACGAUGCCGAAGCAGAUGGCCGUCUUUGCGGGGAUGGUGUAUGGCAGCAGCACCGGUGGCAUGAGUACGGAGGUGACGCUGAAGUUGUGGGUUGAUGUUGAGGAGGCAGAGCGGGGUAGACCGGGAGGGCCUUUGUUUGACCGCACGGAAGGUGCUGUGUAG